AUGAUAAGUUUAAGUUUACUACAGGGCAUUGUUGCUACCUUAUUACUAGUAGAAUUGAUUCUUGGACAUGUUGCUAAUGGUUUCAUAGCACUGGUAUACUGCAUUGACUGGAUCAAGAGACAAAAGAUCUCCUCAGCUGAUAUAAUUCUCACUGCUCUGGCAGUCUCUAGAAUUGGUUUACUCUGGGUAAUAUUAAUAAGCUGGUAUGCAAUGACGUUUAAUUCAUUUAUGUGUAGGUUAAAAGUAGUUAUAGUUAUUGCCUGGGUGGUAACCAACCAUUUUAGCAUGUGGCUUGCUACUUGCCUCAGCAUAUUUUAUUUGCUAAAAAUAGCCAAUUUUUCUAACCUUAUUUUUCUUCACCUAAAGUGGAAAGUUGAAAGAUUGAUUCUGGUGAUCAUGUUUGGAACUUUGGUCAUUUUGGGUUUUCAACUUGCAAUAGUAAUCAGAGGUGAAAAUAUGUGGAAGGAUGAUUAUGAAGGAAACUUGACUUUGAAGACCAAAUUGUGUGACAUUGAGCAUCUUUCAUACCUCGUUGGAUUCAAUCUAGCAGUCUUCCUACCCUUUACUACUUCCCUGACUUCUCUUCUACUACUAAUCUUUUCUCUGGGGAAACAUCUCAAGAAGAUGCAACUCAAUGGCAAAGGACUCCAAGAUCCCAGCACCAAGGCCCAUGUAAAAGCCAUGCAAACUGUAAUUUCCUUCCUCUUGCUAUUUGCCACUUAUGUUCUGUGUCUAAUCAUAUCAUCUUGGAGUUCUAAAAUGCAGCAGAGCAAACAGAUUACCAUGUUUUGUCAGGCUAUUGGAAUCAUCUAUCCUUCAAACCACUCAUUUAUCCUGAUUUUGGUAAAUCAGAAGCUAAGACAGGCCUCCCUGUCAGUUCUGUGGUGGAUGAGGUGCUGGCUGAAAGAAAGGAAAUCCUCAACUCCAUAG